GCCGCUUCAGUCCUUUGACGAACGCCGCGCUGCCAGUAGUCUUCGCCUAGAAGUAGGCAACUGAAGUGAAAUCGAGUAGACCAUAGACCCCAUAUAGCCACCAGUGCGCGGUACGAACUUUCGGAACGAGAAACAAAGCGGAUUAAGCCCGAGGCGAGCUCCUGGAAUAAUUGUAACAUUGUUUGCCAGCGCCUUUUAUAAGGUGUUUGACUGUCACGCCGUCGGGAAGUCGCUGGCCCGAGUCCUUCAGCGGUGCGUGGGCGGCCUACGACUGUGUCUCUGUGUGUGUGCUUUGUUGUGUCGGCAUGCGUGCCACUAAUUUGCAUAAAUUCGCCGUCUAACUUGAAUUCCGGUUUAUUUUUUGGCGCGCCGUGAAUGAAAAAUAGCGAAAACAACAUUCCCACAACUGAAAGAAAGACCCAUCCUCCCGAGCAUCUAAAUAGUCCUGCAACAAUGGCAGGCACCAACGUUUUGCGGCUAAUUCUUCUGCUGGCAGCGGUCUGCCUGGUGGCCCCCGCCCGUGGGGCAGUCAGCGGUGUGGUCCUCAGCGACGUAAACAACAUGUUGCGCGACGCCACCAAGGCAGUUGCCACAUCGGAAAAGCCUGUACCGUCGAAACAGAAACCGGAAACGGAUUCGCUGGAGUCCAGUGUCGAGUUGCUACGCUUCGUGGACGACGACGAGGAGGAUAGCGAGGAUCUGAGCUCCCUGGAAACAGUAUCGAGCGGCAAGGCCAGUGGCACACUAACCCAGAAGCAGCUGGGCGACCAGGUGCGACUGCUGACCAAGCAAUUGGGCGCCCUGAUGCUGCGGCGUCGCGAGGAUUACGAGAUGCUGGAGCACAAUCUGCGCAAAUCCCUGCGGCUUACCACCGAUGCGGCCAGCGCCGAUGCCGACAUGCGCAGCGAACUGAAGCAGCUCAGGGACGAGGUGGCCACGCUGCGUGCCGCCCAGAGUGGCAACAAGGAGCGCCUCACCGUCGAAUGGCUGCAGCAGUCCAUCUCGGAGAUUCGCAAACAACUGGUGGAACUGCAGCGCAGUGCCGGCAACGUGGCCAAGGAUGUGCAGCAGCGUAGCUCCACCUACGAGGACCUGGCCACCAUUCGUAGUGACUAUCAGCAGCUCAAGCUGGAACUGGCCGCCCAGCGGGAGAGGCAACAGCAGACCGAGGUGUUUGUCCAGGAGCUGCGCGAGGAGAUGCUCCAGCAGGAGCAGGACUUCCAGCAUGCCCUCGUCAAGCUGCAGAAAAAGGAUCAAAAGGAGAGGGGCUCGGCCAGCGUGGAGGAGGAGAGCAGCAGUGUGGAAGCCAGCCAAGAGGCUGUUGGCCUUGAAUCCACGGCGGAUCACAAGCGCAGACACUGCCGCUUCCAGAGCGAACAGAUCCACAAUCUCCAGAUGGCCCAGAGGAAUCUCCGCCGCCAGGUGAACCAGCUGCGGUUCCAUCACAUCGACGAGCGAGUGCGCAGCCUGGAGGUGGAGCAGCAUCGCAUCGCCAAUGCCAACUUCAAUCUGAGCAGCCAGAUCGCCUCCCUGGACAAGCUGCACACCUCCAUGUUGGAGCUCCUCGAGGACGUCGAGGGUCUGCAGACCAAGAUGGACAAAAGCAUCCCCGAGCUGCGGCACGAGAUCUCUAAGCUGGAGUUCGCCAACGCCCAGAUCACCUCCGAGCAGAGCUUGGUGCGGGAGGAGGGCAAGAACGCGGCCCGAUCCCUGCAGGCCAUGGCCGUUAGUGUGAGUGUCCUGCAGGACGAACGCGAGGGCAUGCGCAAGCUGACCGCCAAUGUGGAUGAGCUGAGAACCAAUGUGGAUCGUCUGCAGUCUCUGGUGAACGAUGAGGUGAAGAACAAGCUCUCCCACCUGAACAAGCCCCACAAGCGCCCACACCACCAGCAGGCGCUCCAGGACCCGGCCACCAUUGACUCGGCUCUGGCUGAGAGUCUGGUCAGCGAGCUAGAGAACGUGGAGACCCAGUACGAAGCCAUCGUCAACAAGCUGCCCCACGACUGCAGCGAGGUGCACAUCGAGCAGGACGGACUGCAUCUGAUUGCACCCGCCGGCCAGCGUCAUCCCCUGAUGUCCCACUGCACCGCCGAUGGCUGGACGACCGUGCAGCGGCGCUUUGAUGGCAGCACCGACUUCAAUCGCUCCUGGGUGGACUAUGCCCGGGGCUUCGGCUCGCCGGGCGGCGAGUUCUGGAUGGGCAACGAGCAGCUCCACCACCUGACGCUGGACAACUGCAGCCGGCUGCGGGUGGAGAUGCAGGACAUCUACGACGACGUUUGGGUGGCCGAGUACGGACGCUUCUACAUCUCAUCGCGGGCGGACGGGUAUCGGCUGCACAUCGGAGAGUAUGCCGGAAAUGCAUCGGACGCCCUCAACUACCAGCAGGGGAUGCAGUUCUCGGCGAUCGACGACGACAGGGACAUUUCGCAGACGCACUGUGCUGCUAACUAUGAGGGUGGCUGGUGGUUCUCUCAUUGCCAGCACGCCAAUCUCAAUGGGCGGUACAAUCUGGGGCUGACUUGGUUCGAUGCCGCUCGCAACGAAUGGAUCGCGGUCAAGUCGUCCCGGAUGCUGGUCAAGCGUCUGCCCGCCGCCGAUUGUCCGGCGCUGCCGCUUGCCGUUGCACCACCGAGUAGUGCAGCGACAACCACACCAGCCCCAACCACAAAAGGAACGACGGAGGCGGCGGCGGCGGCGCAGACGGAGACGGUGGCGAGGGCAGCGUAAGUGAGCGGGCAACUGCUACAGUGAACCACCAGAGCCAUGCCUACUAUAGUUGGGAGUGCACUGUGGUCGGUGGGAUGUGCCGAUCUCAAAGAUCCCGUGUGCCAGUCGAUGUGUAAAAUAGAGUCCGCAUUGUGUAUAUAUACUAUAGAGAUCCCCCGAUUUCAGAUCUAAGUUAUAGCGUUAGUUAAUCCUUCGUAUGGAGCUUACUCUGGCCUUAGAGUACACUAGGCGUAUGCGUAAUGUAGCAUAACCAUUCUACCCGUAUAAAUAUGAAAUUCUUUGGUCUUUCAACAAGAUCUCAUAGAGGCUUAAGUUCCGCAUUCGGUUCUAACUAAAUCGAGAGCCGCAAUCCCAUGAAAAGGCGCGAGCAUAUCAUUUUUCGAGAGGAAUCGGCAUUAAUGUCUAGACGUAUAAUCUAAAGAGGAACCUAAAAUACCUAAACUAAUUGUUAGCUGGUAAGGGCAUCAGUAGGCGGCCUAAUCUUGGUUUAGGCUCAUCUCAGACAAAUAAUAAAUAUACAGACAGGCGAUAUAGUAAGAAUUUUCAAUGGAUUAGUCUAAGUUCCACCAUAUCAGUCAUAUGAGGUAUACAUCUAAUUAGCGUUGGUAAAUGUAUUUGUAAUUGUAAUUGUUGUACCAUAUGGAUAAUGGAUAGUGCUUGCUUAGAACUCAAAAAAAAAAAAAAGAAAAUAAGAAAAACCCAAGAAAAUCCGCCCCCAAAAAUACCGAUGCAGUCGCAUGCCAAAGAAAUCAAGUCAAACCAAGAAAUAGUUGCAGCAAACCAAGGCCUACGAAAUAAUAAGACAGUUUAUAUGAAAAAUACAAGAAAUACUAUUUUCUGCAGUUUUGCGUAUACCAAAAAUACUAAAAGAAACAAAAAAUGGAAGAAAACUAAAAAUCAACAAGAGCUAAAAAUUGCAUUUAGCGCAUAAGUUAUAAACUAUGUAAUAAUCUGUAUACAUUUUAUGUCCUGUAAAUUAAGAAACUAAACUAAAAAAAAAAGGAAAACCCCUAAAAACAGCGUAUUUUACAAUAAAUGGAUUGAUGUGAAAAGAA